AUGACCUCCUGCAUGGAAAAUGGGCCAGGUCUCGAGGACAACCAGGAGAACAAGGCUGAAGCUCUCAUCAUCUGUGAAGUCUUCAGCCAAGGUGUGGUCCAUGCAUCUCAAAGGCUGAAGGACUACCUUGGUUUUGUGGAUCCUCAGAGCAAAUUCCAGCCAGCCACAAACAUGCUGAGUGAGAUCUUUUUGGUCAACUUCAGUAGCUUCUGCUUGGGAGUGAAGGAAUGUAUCACAGCCAGCAAAAUGACCAGGCAGCAGUCCUCCCUGUUUGGGGUGGACUGGAUCUGGACCCUGUCUGGAGCUGACAACCAAAUCAAACCUCAGCUUGCCGUGCAGGCUUUAUAGCUGGCUGAGCUUUUCCAUAGCUGAGGGGUGGAGGAUUGCUGCUGGGAAGCUGCGCUGGCAGACCAGCGCUUCCAGAACAGGAGCAGGUUUGAGAAGCUGGUGGAGUUCUGCCGCCUGGUGGGACGGGACUGCCUGGGCUUGUUCAUCAUGUUCGGUGUGCCAGGGAAGCCCAAGGACAUCCGAGGAAUCAUGCUAGACAGCAUUGCCAAGGAGCAAAACUACCGCCUGUUGGGCAGGGAUGUGCUACGGCAAUUUGUCACCAGUGCUGACGGCUUCCCGCUCACAAAAGGCAUGUUGGAAAACUGCCUUGGCACAAAAACCAGGCUGAAGGAGGUGGGCAGUAUGUACAUAAACUUCCUGUAA